GAGGGCCCCGCCGGAUUUAAGCCUAAUCUGCCUGGUGCUCAGCACAGCGGUCCUGCUGUGGAGGGGGCAGGCUGAGCCAGUCUCUGGGGCCCUGGAGAAGUGCCUCGAGAGAGGGGCCUGCAGCCUUCCCCCCAUGAGCUUGGAACCGGAGGGGUCUUUGGAGGCCCAGCUGGCACUGGAGACAGUGGUCCAGACACUGGAGGGCAGCCUCGUGGGCCAGAAGGGCCUGAGCGUGCAGGACCCGGCCCAGGACUCUCAGCCCACCCGCCUGCCUGCCCACAUCAGAGAGAUUGUCACCCGCAACCUCUCCCAGCCCGAGAGCUCAGCCCCAACACCAGCCACAGAGAUGGCAUCAAUGCUGUCGCUGCAGGAGGAGAACCAGCUGCUGCAGCAGGAGCUGUCCCGCGUGGAGGACCUGCUGGCCCAGAGCCGUGCUGAGCGUGAUGAGCUGGCCAUCAAGUAUAAUGCGGUCAACGAGAGGGUGGGUGCUGCCCCAGGGCUGAGAGCUGGGCUCCCUUGCUUCGAGGAUGGGGAGACAGCCAGGCCAGGCCCAUGCACUGUAGGUGGAUCUGGAGUCAGGCUGGCCUGGGUUCAAAAUUAUGGCUCUGCCAACUUCAACUUGAAUAGCCUUGAGCAAAUCACUCCACUCUCCAACUCUGUUUUCUGUGGUUGGAUGGUAAUAUGAUGUGGAGUUGUGAGGAGUCAAUGAGGUAAUGGAAUAAAGUGCCUGUCACCAGGGCUAUCUCAUUCCCAUCUGUCCAGGCCUGCUUGGGGACUCAGAGAAUAAGACCCCUAGACACCCCUGCCACCCCUUGAGUCUCUAGGCAUCUCCCUGUGCUCCCAUUUACAUGGGCCUUGGGGUCCACCCAACAGUGCCUGGACACUGGGGCAAACUGGAUUAGGCACAGGUCAUCUGGCACAGCCACAGGAUCUGCCGCCCCUGACCGUGGUGGUGAGGCUCAGCCAAGGAAGGAAGGAGAAACCAG